ACUACAUUCCAACAACUCGUAAGGUCCAGUACAGCCAGGCAUCUUUGACUUGCCCGCAACAACGUCAAGCGUGAUACCGCAGGAACAACGACCCACCAUGAAGAUUCGCGAGUCUCUCAUAUCGAGGUCCAUUCUUAAGGCAAUCGCACAAGAUGAAUCCGACACAGCGCCGAACAAAUCGAGGCUCCAUCACCGAGUCAUCAGGCUCGUCCUUGCCUUCUUUGCCCUGUUCAAGCUUUUCCUGACUCGGUAUCGUCGCAAUGACUUUGCUUCCUUGCGUGAGGGUGUCUGGAAGCUAGAUGAACGCGAGUAUCUCGACUCUUUCAGGCCACUGCAAACACCAGACGGCGUUGAGGGACAGCAAGUCCAAGGCGAUAAACUGAGACUGAAGCCUGUCGGAGACUUGGGCUACAGUGGCUCGACAUUCUUUACUACUCCGAACUCCAAGUACCUGAUCAAGUCUCUUCCUCGUCGAUUUGAGCACACGUUCUUCACACACGAUCUCUUCAACCCAUAUGUCGACCACAUGCGCAACCAUCCCCACAGCUUGCUCGUGCGGAUCGCCGACAUGGUGUACACACCCCACCCCACGCUUGGUGGCAUCAUCGGUACGGCACCAACCCAUCAUAUUAUCAUGGAGAACCUACUGUAUGGAAAGCAAGAGAGCGGCGACGACUGGCAUGCCAUGAAGUGGGAGACAUACGACCUCAAACCCAGUAACUACUUCUUCCCAGAGCGCGAUAUUGCCGAUGGCAAUCUGGCUCCUCAGAGUGUCAAAGACAAGCUGGUUGACGAGUUCCCUGACCGCGUCAAGGUCGACGCGAAGAGCAAGAAGGAACUGCUCGACAUAUUGUCUCUCGACACACAACUCUUGGCCGACAAUAAUGCCAUCGACUACUCCUUGUUCCUCGUUCGAUAUCCAGGCCCUAACACCACGGAUCCGCAACCCGAUGUCGCCAAUGUCAAAUCUGAGGCUGAACUCUGGCGAACGGGCAUGACAGAUUCGGCUGGCUUAUGGACGUACCGGGUGGUGGUCCUUGACUUCUUCUGGGCGAGGCACAAGUUUCAUGCUCAGGCCAUGACUGGCCUUGUCAAGCUGUUCAAUAAGGUCGCUCACAAGGGACCAAUGAGCAUCACCGCCAAUCCGACGGAGUACCGAAAGAGAUUUCUUAGCAUGGUCGACGCCAUUGUUGUAGAGGUUUGAUUACGGACUGUCAGUCUUUUUCCUACUUGUCUGAUUACAUGUCUGAGCGAGGCGCUGGUAGGUUCAGGUUCCAAUAACAUAUACCCUGUUGCCCGUGCUAUUGUAGAUCGUUGACUGGUUGCUUCAAUGCAAGUAUUGCUACUCGUAUGUGGACGCAGAUUGGGCCGGGAUACACAAGUCAACCUGCAAAUUCCGCAGCUGUAGUAUAUGAUUUUUACAGGCUGGCAGGCGUGUGCGUACACCUGCCCGUACAUGGCGGCUCUCAUUUUAUGAAUGUUCCGCUUGAUCUUGAACCAUUCAACCGCU